UUGCUGAUUUUUUACGCGUCUUGGUCCAUUUAAUGUUACAUAUUGAUCGCUUUAAUUUGUAAUGUCUCGCCGGCCUCUCUGUCUUCUUCCUUUCUCAGUGCCUUCAUCCUAUGGAAGAACCAGAAAAUUUAUUAAGCGGCCUUUCUGUUUUGAGAUUUUUUUCCUCUAUAAAUAGAGAGACGCUACCCGCCACUCUUACUUGCAAGAGCAUCAUAGACCACCUGAACAUCAAUCCUUCUUCUUCUGCUCCAGUGAUGGAAUCUAGAGUGACCUUGAAUUCCUUGGCUCUUCUUCUCCUGAUGUUAAUCUUCAGUCAUGGAUCAUUCGUGAAGGUGGUAAACGGGCAGAACCACACCUGGUGCAUAGCGUGGCCCUCUAGUGAAGAAACUAUGCUUCGGAACAACAUUGAUUUUGCGUGCUCCAAUGGCGUCGACUGCAGCGUGCUGGCUUCAGGGCAGGCCUGCUCUCUCCCAGACACCAUAAUCAACCAUGCCUCCGUUGUCAUGAACCUCUACUACAGUGCCAAUGGCAGGCAGCCCCACACUUGUAGCUUUGGCAAUUCUGGCCUCAUCACCACUGUCGACCCAAGCUAUGGCAGCUGUGUCUAUCGGUAAAGAUGCUACAGCAGGAGAAAAUGAAGUAGAAUCUUCCAUCAAUAAAGGCUAUGGCAGCUGUGUCUAUCCGUAAACAUGCUACAGCAGGAGAGAAUGAAGUAGAAUCUUCCAUCAAUAAAGGUUUCAUUGUAGUAAUGCAGCAGCCGCUGCUGCUAUUGGUGCCUCCAUUUUGUAGAAUUUUGGUUUAGGUCGAGAUGUGAUAGCUUUGCCAGUCGAGUGGAUUUGUCUGUGGGUAGUUGUUCAAGUCCUGCUGUAGUUUAUCAUGUUGCUCAGUCUUGCUUAUGAUUGGUCGGAGUAAGACAAAAUGCAGAUAAAUAAUUUUUUGAUUGCUUCUA